AUGGAAACACAGUCUGCGUCCUCGUUCUGUCCUUUGCGUGCACAUAGAUUCAAAAUGUCAGGGAUCCAGGAGGUGUCAGUUUCCUACAUUUUUCCCAAUGGAGACAAAUACGAAGGUCAGUGCUGCAGGUCGGCCUCAGGGGCCAUGGUGAGGGGUGGCACUGGGAGGCACAUCUCUGCAGCUGGCGUCAUAUACAGCGGAGAGUGGUGCGAGGACAAAAUGAGUGGGACAGGGACACUGCAGCUGCCCACUGGAGCGCACUAUGAAGGAGAGUUCAAAGACAGUAUGUUUCACGGCACUGGGAAGUACACGUUUCCAGAUGGAUCUCACUACAGCGGACACUUUAACCAGAACAGGUUUGAGGGCCAAGGAUCCUUCACAGACUCGACAGGACUGGUGUGGAUGGGGGAGUUUCAUGGAAGAGCAGCUCUGGGUCUAAGGCUGAAGCAUAAUAAUUAG